UUGAUAUGUACAUGAAUGGCUCGUUAGUGUACUCAAAUUCCGUUGCAAAUUUGAUGAGCAUUUGGAUUAAACAUGAAGAUAUCGGAUAUGAAAGCCCAAUAGGGCCCAAAGGGCACAGCAUGAGUAGUCAAGAUGAAACCGCAAGCCUUUUAGUAGGCCAGCCGUCGUUGACGAGUGCUUCUUCUCCGGCCAACUGCUCUAAACCAGUGCUGAUGCGUCAAGAAUGUACAACGUUUUUAGUGUCUUCUCAUCAUCCUCAGUUGUCUGUUUUUUCUGACAGCGAGGAAGACGGUUCACUGUGCUUGGAAGAAAAUAGCACUAGAUCUGUUCCUGACAUUGAGUUACAUUGCAGGUUAGACGUGAAAGGGUGCAAGCAGAACCUCUCGUCGAACGUACCAACAAGAAAUAGAAGUUCCUCCAAUGCAUUUCAACUAGCGCCUUAUACGUCAACAUCUCCUAGGGGAAACCUUGAACGCAGAACCUCCCAAACACUUGCAUCGAACCUGAAAAUUGUUCGGUCGGUGUCUCGGGAGAGCAUUCGCUCCAUUCAUCAUUGCACCUGUCCUUGCCUUAGCGCGCCGGUAUCAUGCAGUUCCUGUCCAGUAACAACGCCAUCUGUAGUUACUACAAGAAUAAUUCGGCAAAGUUCACAGCCUGAGGCAUCUGGUCCGUGCUGUAGCUCAAAUUGCGUACACGGUACAUCAGCAUCGACAUCUUUGAGACAACUAAGGGACCACAGUGACGGUAUCGCUGGCAUUGCAGCUGAUUCCCUAAGAAUCAAUGGUGCUAUGCGGAAUUUCCGCCAGGGCUCUGGCUUGCUGUGUUCUACACAAACUAUGGCGCAGGCGCGCCGAACACGACUCAAGCGCGCUCUAACAGAAGUUACCAGCGAUACUGUGUCCUAUGUGAAAACGUUGCGCAAACCAGUGUCAACUCUUUCGAUACCCGGGGCUGUUAAAAAUUCAAGCAGAGACUCAGGUGGGGGCAAAACUGCACAGGACGAUCAAGGAAUGGCGCUGCCAGGACAUAUGGACUAUCCAAGGUUUAUGGAAGAGAGAGGAUUGAGUACGGGUUACAAAGGACCUUCUUCCGGAAGUUUAAAACACAAACCAAAUGUUGGUUAUAGACUCGGGCGGCGUAAAGCUCUAUUUGAAAAAAGAAAGAGGAUUAGUGACUAUGCCUUAGUUAUGGGAAUGUUCGGAAUUAUAGUCAUGGUCAUAGAGAAUGAACUUUCAAGUGCUGGUGUUUAUCGUAAAGAUGAAUUUUAUUCAAUUGCGCUCAAAACACUGAUAUCUGUUUCAACUGUGAUUCUUCUUGGUCUAAUUGUAGCCUAUCACGCUUUAGAAGUACAGCUCUUCAUGAUAGAUAACUGUGCGGAUGACUGGCGAAUCGCGAUGACAUGGCAAAGAAUAUGCCAAAUUUCCAUGGAGUUAAUAAUAUGUGCCGUACAUCCAAUUCCGGGACACUAUUUGUUCGUGUGGACGACAAAAUUAGCUAAUAAAAAUGGCGGUAUCGGAAGAAAGUGUGUUCCAUACGACGUGCCACUGUCGUUGCCGAUGUUCCUGAGACUCUAUUUAAUUUGUCGAGUUAUGUUAUUGCACAGUAAAUUGUUCACGGAUGCUUCUUCUCGGAGUAUAGGUGCGCUCAAUCGAAUUAAUUUUAAUACUAGAUUUGUUUUAAAGACUCUUAUGACUAUAUGUCCUGGUACGGUGCUUCUAGUCUUCAUGGUUUCCCUUUGGAUUAUAGCCAGUUGGACAUUAAGACAGUGUGAAAGGUUCCAUGAUGAGGAACACGCAAAUCUUCUUAAUGCAAUGUGGCUUAUAGCUAUUACCUUCCUCAGUGUAGGCUUCGGAGACAUUGUUCCUAACACUUAUUGUGGAAGGGGAAUCGCAGUCAGUACAGGUAUAAUGGGAGCUGGUUGUACAGCCUUAUUAGUAGCAGUAGUAUCAAGAAAAUUAGAAUUAACUAGAGCGGAAAAACAUGUACAUAAUUUUAUGAUGGACACGCAGUUGACGAAACGGUUAAAAAAUGCAGCUGCAAAUGUCCUACGUGAAACCUGGUUGAUCUAUAAACAUACAAGGCUAGUGAAAAGAGUGAACCCAGGUAGAGUUAGGACACACCAAAGAAAAUUUUUACUUGCUAUUUAUGCUUUAAGAAAAGUUAAAAUGGACCAACGUAAACUAAUGGAUAAUGCCAAUACGAUAACAGAUAUGGCCAAGACACAAAAUACUGUAUAUGAAAUAGUAUCGGACAUGAGCACAAGACAAGACAGUCUAGAAGAUAGGUUAACAACAAUGGAAGAAAAGUUACUAGCUCUUCAAGAGCAAUUAGAGUUAUUACCUGAAUUAAUUGCUACCAGAAUACAGACUCAACAAGAGAAAAUGGAACAGCGAAGAAAUUUCCUUCAUCCAGAGUCAGCUGCCGGACUCCAGCAAGCACGAAGUGUUCCACCUGCUUGUCCAUGGCCAGGUCCAACAUUGUUAGGGAAAUCUGUUAUUCCACCACCAGCAACAACAGGACAAAGUUGAGUUACUUGUGAAAGCCAUUUAUAAUAAAAAAGAUCUAAUUUUAGCUGGGCACCGUGGAUUAAAAAAUUUAAUACCUAGCAUUUCUAAAUUAAUUCAAAUGUCUAGUUAAAAUCCUUGAAAACAUGAUGAAACGACGAUAAAUAAGUUUAACUAUGAAAAGGUGAAAUUAUCAUUGGGAAUUUCUAAGUUGAAUUUGGUCUAUAAAGCCCUAUUUGAGAAAAUUAAAAUACACUCAAUACAGUAUACUGUUUUUCAUUUCAUUACGAUAAUUAUCCAAAUAAUAUAAUUUAGAGAAACUUUGAAGUUAGCUUUGACUUGUCAAUGAUAUAUUCUACGGAGGAAAAAAUAGAAUUGAUUUUAAACUUUUUCGGCAGAUCAUGUUUUCGUUGGGACAGUGUGUGCUUGUAUAUUGAUGAAUGAGAAUAAUUAAAACAAAAAAUGCUAUGAGUGAAGUAUACCAGUAAAUUAUUUUAACUAGCGAGUUCAAUUUGCGAACAUUUUAUAACAUUGAUAUAGGAAAGGAGUCUAAAGAAAGUUUCUUUCGUUAAUUUUUCAAAUUCAAAAAACUAAUGGCGGUAAGAAAUAUUAUCGAAGCGUAUUCCAUUCGUCAUUUGUUCCUUUCAUUUGGAGAAUAAGACUAUAGGGUAUUGUAUGCUUUAGUUGUUUGCAUUUUUUUAAUAGAAGUUCGGAUUUAUUCUGGAAACCAAAUAAGGGAAAUAUAUCAGAAGAUUAAUAUUCUUUUGAAGUUUUGAUUUUCGGAAAAAGUUUUAGUCUUAUUGUUUUAAGAUGUUUUGCGUUAUUUUUAUACGUACUUCAAAAAUUGCUGGUAGGUAUUUCAGUUAUUAUUGAUAGAGUAAUUAGAACAACGAAAUAACGCCUUUGCUCUCACUCAUCAAUUUAAUAACUUUAUAUUGUAAUUUUAUUAGAUGAUUUCACUAUAUGGAUAUAUUCAUUUGUUUUAUAGAAAUUAUCAUGGUUAUAAUUGAAUGGUAUAGUGGAGUAGAAAAUAUACAGUGUGUUCAUAAAGUAAUGUUACAGUCAUUUGAAAUUAAAAUUUUUAAAAAUUUAUUUACCGAACAGAAAAGAAUAAUGAUUCUAAUAAUAAGAAGUUAUGGCGAUCGUAAAAAACUUACCAACCAAAUUACCAAAACUACAGUUUGAAAAAUUGUACAAUUAUUGAAGAAGAAAGUUCAACUGGAAAUAAUAGACCUAAAACUAUAUGAUUAAAACUGCAACUAAAAAGGAUAUCCUUGGAUUUUAGGCAAAGUUGUGUAGUAACCUUAAAUUGUACAGUUAAUCGCCGAAAUUUCAGAUACUAGUCUUAGAUGCGAAAAACAAAGGCUAUUUAGAGUCAAUUUUUAGAUGUAUUUUUAGCAUUAUCAGACCAUUCUUUGUGAAAGCCAAUUUGAAUGAAUCAAAGUAUUUAGAUUUGUUAAUAAAUCGAAUAGUUACAACAAUAAUAAAUGUUCCUUGUUUAAGUCUUAGUUUAAUGAUAUUUGGUUCUAGCAAGAUGGUUUAUCACCACACUUUAGUGUUGCUGUUCGGAAUUACUUAAAUGUAUUUUUCCAAUACAGAUGAAUUGGACAAAAGGUCCAGCCAGAUCUUCCGGUCAAUCACGUUUCUGGUAUAUAUAUAAGAUUAAUUUGUUCUUGUUAAUUGACAAUUGCAAGUACAAAUGGAUACGUUAAUAACUGUAAAUCAGACCAGAAAAAUAGGAAAUGGUUCGACAACGACUAUAAGAAAGAAAUGAAAAAGAAAGAACAUAUUAAACAGAAAA